AUGGAGUCAAAUGGGCGCAUUCCUGCAAAGAGCUGCGUCUGGAAGUGGGUGGUGGUGGUGGUAAAAAAGGCUGAUGCAAUCAAUCUGCUGGAAUCACGAUUUCGAGUAUAUGACAAGGCAGCAUCUUUUGUCGGAUUUGUGACAUUUGUUGAUGCGAUGAGUGCUCAGGUUGUUGCUCAACCAACAAGUCCUGCACCUGAACCUCGUGAUAUCGUUUGGAGUAACGUUUCCGUUCCCUCGAACGAGAGACGUGUUCGACAACUUCUGGUUUCCGCCUUUACGAUUGCUUUAUUCGUCUUCUUUAUUCCGCCAUUGACUCCAAACACCAUCAAGAAGUACUUACCCGGUCUACGAUUGGAAGCACUGGUCAGCACCAACUUGCCGUCCGUUGUUUUGAUCGGAUUCAGCGCUUUAUUACCACUCAUCCUCGAAUGGACAGCAUAUCUGCAAGGUAUCAAAGCGAGUAGCUUGAUCGAAAUGAGCGUGUUGAAGAGGUAUCAUCUUUUCUUUAUGAUAUCCGUCAUCUUCAUUUUCCUCAUCACAUCGACCGCAUUGGGGGUACUCACAGAUCUGGCUGGCAAUCCGAUGAGAAUCAUAGAUAAGCUCGCUCAAUCUUUACCACAAGGACGUCAUUUCAAUUUGUCGUACGUGGUGUUCCAGUCGUUGGCCAUCAUACCGUUGCAGCUUCUACAAUUACCGGUCACAUUUGGUCGUGCGUUUGGUCAACUGACGGCAAAGACAUCUCGUCAACAUGCUGAGCUGAAUGCUUCACCUCAACUAUACUCUGGAAGUGUGUAUCCUGCCGCUUUGAUCGUUUUCACAUCGGGUAUUCUUUACAGCAUUGUCACACCAUUGAUCACCGUCUUUGCAAUGAUCUACUUUGCUUUGGCAUAUUUGGUGUAUAAGUACAAGCUUUUGUUCGUUUUCUACCGAUCAUACGAAUCAAGAGGACAAGCAUGGCCUUUGUCAUCGAUGCGUUGCAUCUGGGCUCUAUUGCUCUUCCAAAUAUUCCAACUUUCCCUCUUUUCGUUUCGCAAGCAAUUGCUAUUAUCGAACUGGACGUUGCCUUUGAUCGCUUUCACAUUUUGUGCGAGCGGAAGCGUUGGAUGGAAUUGAUCCAAUUGAGACAGUAUUAUCACGAAAGUGGUACUCGACAAAAGAUGAAACAUUGUUCAGUGCACGAAAAGAUCGUCAUACAGAUUGCAGAGAACCUCCGGCAGCGGGCUACUGUUAUGGAAUCUUGAACACCGGGCGGAGACGGUAUGGACAUCCUGCCGUUGCUGGUACAUUGCCAGAUAUCUGGCCUUCAGUAUGUGUAGGUGAUGACAACGAGAAAGAUGACAACGAAAAAGAUGACAACGAGCAAGAUCAAAGCGUCUCUCAAUCAGACACUGCUGGCUUACCUGCCGAUAAUAGCGAUCAGGGAUCAUUGACGGGCGUUGGUAGUGUGCUGGGAAGAACACGAAGACAGAGCAAACCACACGAAGCUGUUGUGGUCUCUUUACGAAAGCGCAAAUCAUCUUUGAUACCUUCGUCAAGUCU